ACUUCACUUGACAUGCUUCUGUGGCACCACCCCGUCCGACAGUCCUGACCAGAUUAGCUCCCACUCGGCGAGCCACUCGUCUCGCUUCGUCGCACGGACCAGCUGAGUGGCGACCGCUGCUGGGCCUUCCUCGCCGCGGCGUAGCCGUCACGGCCACCCGCCAUGGCGAAGCGGAAGCAGCGCAAGGCCAAGGCUGCUGCUCAAGCCGCCCCCGCGCGGACAUCUGAUGGCUCCUCUGGUGCGACUAAGGACCAAUCAAAGAGUGCCACGCAGGCGUCUGAGUUACCGACCAGCAGUAGCGAUAGCGCCUCCGAGACUGCGCAAGCAGCCUCCGCUGAUUCCGUUGUGGGGUCGGAAGUUUCCGCGGAAGGUUCAGCGAUGGCCGAGGGAGAGGUUGAGCCGCUGGCUGGCGGCGCCAGGUGUCAUCAUCACAAGGGCUUAGAUUUGAAGAAGUUCACUCGCGAGCUGAAGAAGCGCCACGUGGAUGCAUGCGAUCCGUGCAGCCAGCACAGCCACAGAAUGGCUGGCGGCAAGAAGAAGGAGCAGGCGGUGCCUAUAACGGGUACGGCGGAGGAGUCCCUCUGGGUGUGUCUGGUGUGCGCGAGGGGGUUCUGCGGAGAUGCGGACAUGGCGGAAGGGGACGCGGCUACAGGGCACAAGGAAGGGGAAGGGCAAGGAAUGGGCGGAGAUGCGGAUGCGCACGGGCACGGGCACGCGAGGCAGCACUGGGGGCAGCUGAGGAGCCACGCGCUGAUGGCGCACGCGCAGUCCAUGCGCGUCUGGUGCUUCCGCUGCCACCGCUGCGUGCUGCUGCGCGCGGAUGCCGCCGAGUGCGCGCACGCGGAUUGCGCAGACCACGAUCGCGCGGAUAGCGCUCCACUCGUGCAUGCGGAUGGCGCCGAGCGCGCACAGGCGGAAGAACUUCAGGUGGGGGAGGGGGCGAACGAGGGGGAGAAGGAGGGAGAGGGGGAGGAGGACGGGGGAGAGGCGCGGACUGGCACGACAGCGAAUGCUGCGGCUGGCAGUGCGAGUGAGGGGGGGAGCGCUGCUGAAGGGAGCGAGCACGCCCGGCCAUGGGCGGAAAGCCUUCCCCCGGACCAUCCGCUCCGCGAGUUCCUCCUGUUGCUGGCGGAGAGGCGCAGUGAAAACCUCGCCGCCAUCCCCGCUCUUAGAGACCACUUCCUGGCCAACCCCGACCCGCCACGUGUAGAGGCGCCUGCGCUGGAGGAGAAGGGUGGGGAAGGGCGGAAGGUGGGAGGAGUGAAGGCGAAGGGGGCGAGGAAGAGAGACAAGGGUCCCAUCAGCACUGCGCUGCGCCGAUUCUACGAGGACCUCAACCCGGGCCUCGCCGCUGGGGCUGCUGCUCCUCCUGGUGCUGCUGGUACUUCUGUUGCCACAGGCAGCCAAUCGGGGGAGAGCAUAUGCAGUCCGCGCGGCCACGUGGCAAGGGGCAAGGCGCUUCAUUCGCGGAGGUCCACAGCACGGGCGGUGGGGGGAGGGAAGCGGGGCGCGGGGGGCAAGCACGGCAAGGGGGCAGCGGGGAAGAGGGCGCAGCAGCAACAUGAGGGGGAGGGGAGGGCGAAAGCCCCCCCUUACAAUCCGCGGGAGCUGUUUGGCGCGGUGUGCAGCAAGGCCCCGCGGUUCAGGGGGUACCAGCAGCAGGACAGCCACGAGCUGCUGCGCUGCCUGCUGCAGCUGCUGCAGGAGGAGCAGGACGGCUCCGCUGCCAAGGCUGCUGCCGCCGCUCGCAAGAAGAAGCGCCAGGCGGCCACCGCUGGCCCCCCACCCGCUCCUCCAACCCCGCCUCCCCCUCCUGCCCCUCCUCGUGCGCCUCCUCCCCCUCCCCCUCCCACCCCGCCACCGCCGCCCCCCCCUCGUCCACCCUCCGCCCCCCCACCUCCCCCGCCUCCCCCAUCCAUGCCCGCGCCUAAUGCAGUGGGAGGGGCAGGGGGGAAAAAGGAGAGCGGACAGGCGGAGGGGAAAGGGGGCGUGGGGGGGGCGACGGGGUUGAGUGCUGGGCUGGGGCUGGCGAUGGCUCGGCUAAGGCGAGUGGAGGGAGGGACUGCUGCCGAGGAGGUGCAGCGAGUGAGGGAGGAGGAGGGGGAGGAUGGGGGCGAGGGGAUUGAGAGCAUGGGAUUGGGAUGGCUGGAGGGGGAGGGCAGUGGGGAGGAGGUGGGUGUUGUGGGACAGGAGGGAGGGGAGCAAGAGGAGGGGGAAAGUGAGGAGGAGGAAGAGGAGGAAGGGGGGGAGGCAGGAGGGGAGGGGGGUGAGGGGCGAGGAGGGCGAGGGAGGGAGAGUGUGGUGGAGCGGCUGUUCGGCGGGGUGCUGAGCAGCACAGUGGUGUGCUGCCACUGCGCUUACUCCUCCUCCGUCCAAGAGCCCUUCCUCGACCUCUCCCUCCCCAUCCCUGUCGCAACCCCACCGCCCCCAUCCCCCCGCGUGUUCCUGCCAGUGCGGGGCAGCCGCAAGGGACACGCGGAGGGGAAGGGAGUGGGGAGGGAGGAGGGGAGGGGGGAGGGGAAGGCGGGUGGGAAGGGAGAGGAGAAGGCAGAUGGGAAGGGAGGGGGGAGUGACGAGGGGGCUGCAGCAGGGGGAGAGGAGGCGAAGGCAGUGGGAAGGGGAGAGGAGAGAGGAGAGGGAGGGGCGUUUGAGGGUGGGAAGGGGAGUGUGGGCGAUGGGGAGGCGAGCGGGGGAAGCAGAGAGACUGGGUCAGGCAGCAAUGGCAACGGUGGCAGCAGCAUCAGCAGCAGCGAUUCGAAAGUGAGGCAAGCGGAUGCAGAGAAGGGCGAGGACGGGGCAUUGGCAGGUGAUGUGGCAGGUGAUGUGGCAGGUGAUGUGGCAGAUGAUGUGGCGAGGGGUGCAGCAGGUGGGGCAGAGGAAGAGGAAAGGCCAGGAGCAGUGGUGGGAGGGGAGGGGAAUGGUGCAGGGGAUGGUGGACAUGUGGGCAGCAGCGCUGGUGGAGGAGGGGGUGGGGAGAGUGCUGGUGAGGAGGGGAGCGCUGGUCAGCAGACAGGUGCAGGUGGGAAGGGAGGGGAGGAGCAUGGGGCCAGAAUAGAGGAAGGGGAGAGGGAUGGGAGUACGAGGCAGGGAGGCAUCAGCACAGUGAUGAGAGCGUGCAGUGGGCCCGACUCCACUGGCAGAGCGGACGACGCUGGCAGCAGCAUCACCGCCACAGGCAGCAGCAGCGGGGGUGAGUGUGCGCCUAGCAGCGGCACCACUGUGGCAGGCGCACAGGAGUGUGGCGCGACGAGCCCCAGGAGGGAGAAAGCGAGUGUGGGAGAGAGUGAGAAAGGGCGGGGAAGAAGGGUGGGAUUUGAGUCAGAAGAGCAACAGCAGCUGCAGCAGCGGCUGCCUGCACGCAUGUCGGUGGAGGGGUGCUUGUGGGAAUUCAGUGCGGAGGAGGUGCUGCGGGGGGACGACGCGUGGGGCUGCGAUGGCUGCACUGAGAGGAGGAGGCGGGAGGAGGUGGGCAGGCGGAGGGAGGAGAGGAGGAGGAGGAGGGAGAGGAGGAGGGAGGAGAAGGGGGAAGUUAUUGAGAAGGGGGAUACAGAAGGGGGCAGGGGAGAGGGGGAAAAGAGUGUGGUUGUGAGUGGGGGGAAGGCGAGAGGUGAAACGGAGGGUUUAGGGUCAGAUGCACGUACAGCAGACAGUACGAAAUCAGCGAAUGAUGUGACUACAGCGAAUGAUGUGGCUGCAGCGAAUGAUGUGACUGCAUCUGAAUUGGCUACUACAGCAUCCAGUGUGCCAGCACUAGUGGAAUGGAGUGGCAGGGAGCACGAGGGCAAUGGGGAAGCAGUGGGUCAAGGGGGUCAAGGCGUGCACCACGAGGCUGGUGCUGGUGGUCACAAUGAGCAAGGGGAGGAAUGGGGGGCGGAGGGAGAGGAGGGGGAGGAUGAGGAGGAGGAGGAGGCGGUGCAGGUGCAGAGGGUGCGCGUGGAGGCGCGGAAGCGGUACCGGGUGCGAAGGGCGCCGCCCCUGCUGGUCAUCCACCUCAAGCGCUUCCGCCACGACGCCAAGGGCCGCCUCUCCAAGAUCAGUGGCCACGUGGCGUUUGGCGAGUGGCUGGACCUCAGCCCCUUCCUGGACGAGCAACAACCACCCUUGCCGGCCACAGGUACCACGUCGGCGCCAUCAUCGUCAGCACCACCCCAGCCUUCACACGUACCGCAUGCAUCUCUAGCCCCGCACACAGGUGGCGAGGUGCCAUUGCAGUGUGGGGUGGGGUCCCAGUCCCAGUCCCACCGGUACCGGCUGUGUGGGGCGGUGGAGCACAGCGGCACCAUGCGAGGCGGGCACUACGUGGCCUUUGUGCUUCGCGGCAGGCAGCAGCAGCAGCAACAGAAGGAGCAGGAGCGGCAGCAGCAGCAGCAACAAGAGGCUGGAGCGGAGCGGCAAGGCAGUGGGCUAGCAGAGGUGGGAGUAUGCAGUGGAGCAGAGCUGGUGCACGCAGGUGGGGCAGAGGGUGGAGGGGUUGCAGGGCAGGGCAGUGUGGCUACGGCACGAGGUGAUGGGGUGGUGGGGAAGGGGCACAGUGGGAAAGUGGGGCAGGAGGAAGUAUCUGGUGGGUGGGAGGGUGGGCGGUGGUGGUACAUCAGUGACACACACGCCCAGGCAACAACACUGGAGCGAGUGCUGCGCUGCGAAGCAUAUCUGCUCUUCUACCAGCAUGUCGAUAGCUAGAUGCCACGGUUGAUUAAAGCCCGCGUCUCAUAUUUCCUACCGACCAAAGGUAUUACCUUUGGUGGGGGGUUCUGGUUGGGGGGCGAGGGGCGAAAUUUUGAAAGUGAGUGGGCGAGAGGGUUGCGACAAUUUUGAAAAUCGUUGAGGGUCCAACUUUGACGAGGCUUGGAGUCUCGUAUUUCUGCGGAGCCGUAUUACGUUUGGUUUGAGCCAACGGAACGUUGAGGUCGUGGAUGGUGGGGGUCAGGUUCUCAGAGUUUCGCAAGCAGUUGCGAUUUCAGUGUUGGAUUUUGGGCCGAAAUUUUCUUGUGUGAGAUGUUUCGGUUCCUGAUUCCAUGCAACCAGCCCAGUUUCCGAAAACUCGGUUAUUACAAACGCGUCUUCGGGUUCGCUUUGCUGAGGUUGUAUAUCUCUCUCGCACUCACUUGUGAGCCCUCGCACAAAGAGAACCUACGUUACCUAGUACCAAGAGUAUU